UACUGAACCACUAUAAUCAGUUAUCUAUGAAUUAAGAACAAAAAAAUCUGAAUAACUGAAAAUGCUCAAAGGCGCGCUUACAAAAAACAGAUUACUUUGUCUAAUAAUAAAACAAUUUAUAAGUUCCAAUUUGGCCCAAUUGUAAGCAAAAACUAAAGGGAAGUAGGUGUACCAUAGUGAAAUUAUAAAAUUUGAAAAUGUUGCCAGCGUUUUCAUCACGUUUUCGACUGUUCAAAAAAUAUUAUUCAAAUAGGUAUGAAAAUAUUAUUAUUACUAAUUAUUUGAAUUGCUCUACAAAUACUUCAAUUGAUAAAGACGAAGAGGUGUAUUUUAAAAAGCACAGUACAGAAUGGUGGAAUAAAAUGGGUGACAUGAAGCCUCUGCAUUCAAUGAAUAAAGUGAGAGUACCGUUUAUUAGAAAUGGGUUGAUAAACACUGGAUUAGUACAAAAAGAUAAUUUUAAUAAUGCAACCCCUCUGAAGGAUUUGUUUAUUUUGGAUGUAGGAUGUGGAGUCAAUUUUGCAAUAGGAGGCAUUUUAUCAGAAGCUAUGGCCAGAUUAGGGGCAAAUGUGACUGGUAUUGAUGACACGAAAGAUCUCAUUGAAAUUGCCACAAGUCAUGCAGCAUUAAAAAGUGACCUAAAUAAUUUGCAGUACAUCAAAGGAACAAUAGCAGAUCAUGCACAACAAUCCAGUAACAAAUAUGAUGCCGUGGUACUGUCUGAAGUAAUAGAACAUAUAAAAGAAAAAGAUAAAUUUUUAGAGGCAUGUGUAAAUUGUAUUAAACCUGGUGGUUCCAUUUUUAUAACAACAAUUAGUAAAACAAACAUCUCUUGGGCAGGUGCUAUUGUAUUUGCAGAACAAUUUAAAUUAAUUCCUUCUGGAACACAUCAGUGGGAUAAAUUUAUUUUAACACAUCAUUUGCAACGGUUACUUGAGGAUUAUAACUGUAGAACUUGUCUUAUACAUGGACUUGCUUACAAUCCAUUAAUGAACUCAUGGCACUGGACAAAAAAUACAAUGAUAAAUUAUGCAUUACAUGCUGUAAAAGAUGUUUAAUUGAGUACAUUUUGAAGUUUAGUUGAUUUAUUCCAAGUAAAAACGAUGAAAUUAU